AUGCUCGAAUUGAAUGCAGUGGGUAUCUAUCGGUUGAGACGUCGUUUGAGACAUGUUCACGAUGUGAGGAUUGGCAAGCAUCUUCAGAUGCUAAUUGGCUGCCUUCAGCACUUCAAGCGACGUUUCGACUUUUAUUUGAAACUACUUUUGUUGUCGCAAGAUAAUGAAUCAACCAAGCCUGAUAGAAUCAGUCGAAUUUGUCAUUCUAUUGAGAAUUUGCUCACUGAAUAUCUGUCCGAAGUAUUGUAG